UUGGAAAGAGCUGUAAGAAAUCAGUGAGUGAGUGAGUGGUUCAUGCGAGCGAGAGAAGAAAUCAGAGCACGCGACUGUUACUGAAUACUCUCCUUCUUUCUCUCUCUCUUUCCUUCCCAAUUUCUGUCUCUUCCCGUGAAAGAAGAAGAACCGGAAGAACAAUAAGCUCCAAUGGCCAAUCGAGUUCUGAGUGUGAGAAAAAUGAAUGCCAGACUUCGACCCGACAUUCAAUUCCAGAUACAGAAACCGUCAAUUCAUGAUCAACAGGAGAAUAAGAAAUCAGGAAGGAGCAAAGAGAUGGGAGAUGAAAAUGGUGGAAUUAUGAUCCAUAGACGAAGAUUAAACAGAGAAAAGAAAAUGGCAUUGCUACAAGAUGUUGAUAAGCUGAAGAAGAAGCUGAGGCAUGAGGAGAAUGUUCACAGAGCUUUGAAGAGAGCUUUCAGUAGACCUUUAGGAGCCUUGCCUCGUCUUCCUCCUUAUCUCCCUCCAUCUACACUUGAGCUUCUAGCUGAAGUAGCUGUUCUUGAAGAGGAAGUUGUCUGGCUUACAGAAAGAGUUGUGAAUUUUCAACAAAAUCUUUAUGAAGAAGCUGCCUAUGUUUCCUCACAGCGGAAUGUCAAAAAUUUUGUCAAUAGCUCUGAUCAAACAAGGAAUGCCAAGCAAACCUCUUGGAAAUCAAAUUCACCUUCAAAGGAAAACCAGUUUGCUUCUUGUUAUGUGAAAGAUAAACCUUCCCCAGAAAAGAAAUCCACAAAAAUUAUCAGCCCAUCCAAAAAGACAAAGAUGCCAACUGAACAUGAACUUGCAGAGAAGAGCUUAGAAAUUUUGAAUUUGCAGCUUGGGUCCAGAUUAAUGGAUCAUGAAAGAGCACAAGAGAGUUCUUGUGGUGCAUCAGAUAAUGUAGAAUCUAAGACAUCAGCUAACGAAAUUUCUGAGGAUAUUGUGAAGUGUUUGUGUUCCAUUUUUGUUCAAGAGGGCACUCCGAGAGACAAAUGUAUCAAAGGAAAUGAUAUUGUUUCCAGUCGAUGUCUCUUUACGGUCAAAGCGAACCCGAUUUAUCACAAUGAAACGGUUAACACAGUUCCCCUAAUUCACAGGCUAAAAUACCUACUUGGAAAGCUUGCCUCUGUGAACUUAGAGGGUCUUAACCAGCAGCAGAAGCUUGCCUUUUGGAUUAACACCUAUAAUUCUUGCAUAAUGAAUGCACUUUUGGAGCAUGGAAUACCAGAGACUCCAGAAAGGGUUGUAGCUCUAAUGCAAAAGGCCGAAAUAGUCAUUGGGGGAUGCAUACUCAAUGCAAUGACAAUAGAGCAAUUUAUCUUGCGACUAUCUUAACACCUGAAGUUUAUGCGGUCAAAGGCUGUCGUCAAAAGUUACGAAGCUGGUCGUCUCAUCCGGUAAGUUCGCAAUUUAAUGGUACAUUCGAAUAACCAGCUCCAAAGACGACUAUUUUCCGUUCAUUCAAUGCAUUGUAUGAGUGAAAGGAAGGUUGAAAGUAUACAUAGGAAGUCAUGUGGAGGAAGAGUUAGAAGAGUUUGUUUCAAGUCAUUCCUUAAGAUUUGCUUUUAAAUAAGUUGGAUUCAUGAAGUUGAAAAUGCUGUUCAGAGUGUAUAGACAGAUACAUGUGAAUGCUGGUUUGUGGACUCGAUAAAUCUUCUUUGAAGAUUUUUUUUUCUUCUCUAGUGUCUUGCAUAAACACGAGUAGAGAUGUGUACUUAACUUGAGAGCUAGAGUGCUGAUUCUCGACUAGGCUUGUCUUGUUCAUCUUUUUUUUGUAUAUUGGAUCAAUGAUCUUGUAGAG